CAAAAAAAAAAAAAAAACAAGAUCAUUAUUACUACAUUACAUUUAAUUUGACAACCUUAAACGAUAAUUAUUUUGAGACGGGGAGACUAUAAAAUAAGAAACAGAGAACGCCUUGUCGGAUUUUGGAGAAGAGAGGUAAAGGAUCUGAAGAAAGUUACAUACUAAUGAAAAAGCAAUGAAUUCUUCAAAUUCACCAUUUUUAUUCUUCUUCUUCUUCUUUGCCAUCUCUCUAUUUCUUCAACCUCAAUUUCAUGCUUUAGGUCAACAAACUGAAGAAGAAUCUCAACAUGGUCAUGGGUUUGGGCGCAGAGUUCUUAUGAGUUUCAAAGAAAAACACCUUGGAAGUAACAUUAGCUUUGAUUGUGCUCCUUCUGGUCCUUGUGUUCCAUGCCUCUACUCUGAAAAGGGUGAUGAGAAAUAUCGCUGCAGUGAGACGGGGUAUCGAAUUCCAUUCAAAUGUGAGGAGAUUAAAGACUCAACGAAGGAUGCUAAGAAAACAGAUUCUAAGAAAACUCGGUCUGCUUUGGAUAUCUCUAGUAGUAUUGAAAAAUCUCAUGAAGUUUCACAUGUUUCUGGAGAGUUCAUAACUUCACAAUCACAGAGAACGUUACUGGAUGAUUCAUCGGCUUCAGAUAAUAAGUCACAGGCUUAUGUCACUUAUAGAAGCUGUAUACCUGCAGAUACUGAAGAGAAGAUUUCAGUGCUUGGUUUUGAGGGUGUUGUGAUUUUCUUGUUGCUCGUCAGCGGAUCAUUCGUAUACCUGAGGAAAAAGAAGGCCGCUGCCAUGUCCGGUUAUGUUGCAGCAGGAAGGGGUCAGGCAAGCUCUCGGUAUUGAAAUACAAAGCCUGCUAUAUGAUGAGAUUUAUUCCACAUUGAAUCCUUUAAUUUUUUAAAUUUUUUAUCACAAUGUAUGAUAUUUGAUUGUAAUAGGAAAUGUUGAGAUUCAGUAGCCUCCAAAUAUUCAUUUUUUUAGUUAUUUAAAUGUUGUAUAUUAGUGAUAUGAAAUAUAGUGUUAUACCAUAA